AUGGACGCGAACGAGCUCCAGCGCUUCGAGAUGCUCUGCACCGCGCUGUACCAGUCGGCCGACGAGCGCGAGCGGUCGAUGGCGCAGCAGAGCGUCCUGGUGCUGCAGAGCUCGGCGGAGCACAUCCCGCGCUGCCAGCACAUCCUCGACAACUCGACCAACAUGCUCGCGCUCCUCGUCGCGAGCACGAGCCUGACGAAGCUCAUCACGACACACUGGAACAACUUUACGCCGUCGCAGCGCAUCGACAUCCGCAACUACGUGCUCGGGUACCUCGCGCAGAAGGGCCCGAGCCUCGAAAAGUACGUGACGGUCUCGCUCAUCCAGCUCGUGUGCCGCCUCACCAAGUUUGGCUGGUUUGACGACGAGCAGUUCCGCGAGCUCAACCUCGAGGUCUCCAAGUUUCUCCAGGCGACGGUCGACCACUGCAUCAUUGGCCUCCAGAUUCUCAACGAGCUCGUGACCGAGAUGAACCAGCCCGUGACCGGCCGCAACUUGACCUUCCACCGCAAGAUCGCCGUGGCCUUUCGCGAUGCGUCGCUCUUCCACAUCUUUCAAGUCGCGCUCACGACGGUCAAGACGCUGCACAUGAAGAGCAUUCCCGGUGCGACGCCCGACCAGGAGAACCGCAUGGCGGACUAUGCGCUCGGCCUCGCGAUCAAGUGCCUGUCCUUUGACUUUAUCGGCAUCAACCCCGACGAGUCGGCCGAAGACGCGGGUGCGCUCCAAGUCCCGACGACGUGGCGCCCGAUCAUCCAGGAGCCCGAGACCAUGUCGCUGCUCUUUGACUUUUACCACACGACGUCGACGGCCGCGUCGCCCAACGCCGCGCGCUGCUUGGAGUCGCUCAUGCUCCUCGCGUCCGUGCGUCGCUCGCUCUUCUCGCCGGACCAGGAGCGCGCGGCCUUUCUCUCGCGCCUCCUCUCGGGCAUUUGCCGCAUCAUUUCGAUGCAGCAGGGGCUCUCGGACCCGGCCAACUACCACGAGUUUUGCCGUCUGCUGAGCCGCCUCAAGUCGAACUACCAGCUCUCGGAGCUCAUGAAGGCCGAGUCGUUCCAAGAGUGGAUGGAGCUCACGCCCGAGUUUACGGUCAAGUCGUUUACGCAGUGGCAGUGGUCGGCCAACUCGGUGCACUACCUUCUCGGUCUCUGGUCGCGCCUCGUCGCGGCGCUCCCGUACGUGCGCACGGAGCGCAACGGCGCGGCGUCGAUUGCCUUCCUCGACAACUCGAUUCCGCGCAUUGUGCAGUCGUAUGUGCAGUCGCGACUCGACUCGGCGCUGGCCGUCGCCGCCGAUGACGCGGUCGACGACCCGCUCGGCGACGAGGGUAGCUUAGCCGAGCAGUUUGAUAAAUUACCAACGAUUUGCCACUACAACUACCGUGUCGUCGGCGAGUACCUCCUCUCGGUCUUCGACACGACGCUGACCCAGUACCGCGAAGCCGCCGCGCUGGCCAUGGACGCUCGCAUGGACGACGACGACGACUCGCUCGCGCGCGGCAUGCACGGCCUCGAGAUGCAGCUCGCGUGGCUCGUCUACAUCGUCGGCUCGAUCAUCGGCGGCCACUCGUACGCGUCGCCCCAAGCCGCCGACGGCGACGAGAUCGUCGACGCCGACCUCAGCAACCGCGUCUUUGCCACCAUGAAGAUCGUCGAGCACCGUUUGAUCUCGUCCGGCGGCGCCACCAAGUGCCACGUCCACCUCGAGCUCGCGUUCUUGCACUACUUCAGCUUUUUCCGCCGGAGCUACAUUGGCGAGCAGCACGGCAUGCCGUCGGCGACCUUGAGCGCGUCGCCGGUGGCCUCGCCGCUCUCGAACCCGCUCCUCGGCAUGUCGCCGUCGGACUCGAGCAUGUCGCUCAAGGCCAAGACGUACCAGCGCAUGUUUGAGCGCAUGGGCUACGGCGACCACACGGUCGUGGUCAACAUGAUUGUGACGCACAUUGGCCAAGACCUCAAGUUUUGGGGCGACGAAGAGAAGGUCAUUAGCAGCACGCUCACGCUCUUCCUCGACAUUGCGUCGGGCUACUCGUCCGGAAAGCUCCUCCUCGGGCUCGACACGGUGCAGUACCUCAUUGGCCACCACACGGCCGACGAGUUUCCGUUUCUCGCGAUCCCGAGCAACACGCGCCACCGCACGAGCUUCCACUCGACGAUCUCGCGGCUCCUCUUCACGACGGCCUUUGACGAGAGCUCGGACCGCUUUGAGGACUUUGUCAAGCCGAUGGAAGACGUGCUCAACACGCUCAUGCACGUCCAGAACUACCGCCAGCCGGACGUGCGCGAAGCGAUCAUUGGCGUCUGCCGCGACCUCCGCGGCGUCUUCAUCUCGACCCACAACAAGCGCACGUACAACUGCAUGUUUGAUUUGCUGUACCCGACGUACAUGCCGAUCUUUGCCAAGGCGGCCGACGUGUGGUAUGACACGCCGUCGGUCAUGAACGCGCUCCUCAAGUUUCUCCAAGAGCUCGCGUACAACAAGAGCCAGCGCGUCGUCUUUGACCAGAGCUCGCCCAACGGCAUCCUCCUCUUCCGCGAGCUCAGCCAAGUGAUUGUGGCCUACGGCUCGCGCUACAAGGGCAUUUCGCUCUGCCUCGGCAUUCUCUUCCGCGCGCUCGGGGGCAACUAUGUCAACUUUGGCGUCUUUAAACUCUACAACGACUCGGCGUGGGACCGCGCGCUCGAGGUGUCGCUCCAAAUGGCGCUCUCGAUUCCGAUCGACGACCUCAUCAACUACCCCAAGGUCAAGAACGCCUACUUUUUCUUCCUCGAGAUCCUCUUCCGCAACCAACUGCUCUCGGUCGUCGCGCUGGACGCGGGCGUCUUCUCGCAGCUCGUGCAGUCGCUCCACGAAGGCGUCAACUCGUACGACUUGACGAUCGCGGCGCAGUGCGCGACGGCGGUCGACCACCUCGCGUCGCUCUUCUACACGGAGACGAAGAAGAAGAAGGACUCGCAGCUCAAGCACAUGCUGCUCAGUCACUUGCAGGCGUCGCCCAACCUCUGGUCGACGUUGCUCUCGUCGCUCUUCAACAUUCUCAUUUACGGCGACGCGUCGUCGCAGUGGGCGCUCUCGCGGCCGAUUUUGAGCCUCUCGCUCUGCAGCCCGGACGCGCUCCAGGCGUACGAGCAAAACUUGGCGUCGUCGCAGGCCAACGACGCCAACAAGGCACUCGUCGAGGAGGCGUUCGCCAAGCUCUACAGCGACAUCCUCCAGUCCCUCGAGGCCUCGAACCGCGACAAGUUUACGCAAAAGCUGGGCCAGUUCCGCAACUCGCUGCGUGGCUUUCUCACGAUCCAGUAG